AUGGGCAGGGUGCGCACGAAGACGACCAAGCGGUACAGCCGCCAACUCAUCGAGCGGUACUACAACAAGCUCACGCUCGACUUCGACACGAACAAGCGCGUGAUCGAUGAGGUCGCGGUGAUCCAGACCAAGCGGCUGCGCAACAAGAUCGCCGGCUUCACCACGCACCUGAUGAAGCGCAUCCAGCGCGGGCCGGUUCGUGGCAUCUCUCUGAAGCUGCAGGAGGAGGAGCGCGAGCGCAGGCUGGACUUCCUGCCCGAGACCUCGGCGGUCCAGGUGGACAACAUCGAGGUGGACAGGGACACGCUGGACAUGCUGCGCGAGAUGGGCAUGUCCACGCUGCCGGGCGUCGACACCCAGAAGGGCACCCGCGGCUACCGGGGGGGCCGCAACUAA